AUGACCAAUUCCAAGAUAUCAUGCAGUUGUACUGGAGAUGAAGAUGCUAGUAAAGAUGCACACUACGUCGAAUAUCAAGAAGGAAAUUUUCCAGAUAGAGUAUUGGAUCAACUCAUCCAGUGGAUCUAUGUUGCUCUAAUAAUAUUGAUAGUCAUGUUAAAUCCUAAAGGAUUCUUUAUCUUGAUAAAUCACUUUGAAACAGCUUUAAAAUAUAUCGCCGAUUCUAUAUUCGUAUUAGCUCUAUAUCGAACGUCCGCUGUAACGAAAUACAGGAAUAUUAGCGUUCCGAUAUCACCAUCAGCAAAUUGGUUUUACGUGGUUGUUUUUCUUACUAUUAUACAUGCAGCCUUAUUCGUCUAUAACUUUUGGUUUUUAAGUCAAUAUUCAUUUUGA